ACCCCCUCCCCGAUUUGCCUCUAGCCUCUAGCUAGCUCCCCAAUUUGACUUCUGACAAAGAUCGAUCAUGGCGUCGUUCCGGCUAUCCACAUUUGUACUGCUACUGCUUGCUCUGUCGUUGCUGCUGCCUCUUCUCUCUUCCGCUCGCUACACCACUCUUUCUUUCUCAGAGGACGCGAUUACAGUGGUGGAGGGAAGGGCAUUGAUGAAGCUGUCGCUGACGGAUUAUGGAGAACCUUCAGCGAACCAGGGCCACGAUCCUUCGCAAAGCAAGUCCCGCGGUCGUGCUGACGAUAAUCAAGGACGCGGCGGCGCUAAUGGGCACCGUGGGCGCCGUCGCAGAGACUAGAUAAUAUAUUGUUCAGUGACGG